AUGGCCAACUUCCACUUGCCCAACAACAUCGUAUUGAUGAUCCUGAACUGUGUAGUCGCCAAGCCUGCCACGAAGCACCUGCCACGUGAAUUUUCAAAGGCUGGCGGUGCCGAUCAUCUGCUCGAGCGCAGGAAUUCGGUGCAUUUGUUUCGAAUCGGGAUCCCAACAAUCCAAGUUUGGUACCAGCCCUAG